AUGGCUGACGCGACAGGGCGAAGAAAACCAUUUUGGAACCCUUCAUUAGGUUAUAUAAUAAUUACAGUCAUAUUGGUGUUGGCGUGUACAUCGCACGCCGAUCCGUUCAACCGCGGUAAAGUGGACGACGACGCGGUAAACUGCUCGGAAUCGCGGACGUGUGCGAAAUGCGCGGAGAGGCCGUCGUGCAGCUGGUCGUUGAAACGGCAGACGUGCGUGAACAUGACGCGGCGGCCUGAGCUGUUGAUGGUGAACGUCCGCGCGCACUGUCCGCGGCUGACCGCCGUCGACACGUUCGUCUACAAAACGCAGCUGCCGUUCGCGUACAAGGUGAAGGUGUCCAACGACGUGAGCGGCUUCGUCAAGUACCUGGCCCGGACCAACGUCACGUGCUCGCUGGAGGGCGCCGCGCACAGCGGCACGGUGGACGAGGACGCGGACACCAUCGAGUGCGCGGCCAUAAGCAUCGACCAUCUGGCGGUGGACGAGCGGCGGCUGAUGGUCUACCACUACGGCGUGCAGUUCGACGGCGUGCCGUUGCGCAUCGACGACGGCGCCGACAACUACUUCGCCGUGUACGACGCGCACUAUUGCCGCGCCGCCAACAAGACCGGGCGGUGCGUCGAGUGUUUUUGGGACGACCCGGCACCGCUGUACACGACGUCCUACUACAAACGGUGUUCGGCCGGUAACGCGUGCACCGGCCUGUUCGAGUACCACGACCGCCGGAACGCGACCGCAGCGGCGGGCCCGCAGCACGGACAUCGCCGGACGUCCGGCGUAUACGCACCGCCGGCGGGCGCUUGUCCGGACAUGACGAUCGCGUCCGUGGAACCACCGACGGCGCCGUGGUCGGGCGGCGCGACGCUGGUGAUAACCGUCAAGAACCACGACUUGCUGACCGAGUCACGAAAGCCCACCGUCACGGUGGCCGGCCGCGAUUGCAUCUACCCGAAGACGGCCGACCGGGAGACCAUCACGUGCACGGUCGGACCGCCCAAGCCCGACGACUCGGCCGCCGGUCCGGUGCACGUGUCGUACGGGCCGCUGCGGCUGACGUCCGCGCAGACUUUCCGGUUCGUCUACCCCGAGCCGACGGCGCUGAGCCCGACCUGCGGCCCCGUUUCCGGCGGCACGCUGUUGCGCAUCGCCGGCCGUCACAUGGACGCCGGGAGCACGGCCACCGUGUCCGUGGGGCCGGCCGGAGUGCCGUGCCAGUUGGUCGCCAGGCGCGAGGACCACGCGCUGUGCGUGACCGGACCCGCGGACGGGCCGGCCGCCGGUGCGGUCACCGUCGUGUUCGACAAGUCGCUGAACCGGACCGUGCAGGGCGCUGUCGAGUUCAGGUACGCGGGCGACCCGGUGCUGAACGCCCGACAGCCGUUCACGGGCAUCGCUUCGGGCGGCACGUACGUCGGUGUGCGCGGCCGCCAUCUCGCGUGCGUCGGCAACGCCACGCUGUACGUGGACGACCCGGACGGCGUGCGGCACUACGCCGGGUGCGCGGUGCGCAACGACACGUUCAUGGAGUGUCGGUCGCCCGCGCUCGACGCGCCCCGGCCGCCGUCGAACGCCACGGCCCCCGCCGUCCCGGUACUGUUGAACUUUGGUUUCCGCGUGCACUUCGCCGGCCACACGAUGGACCUGUCGCCGCAGCCCGACUUCCCGGGCUACCGGCUGUACGCCGACCCGGUGUUCGCGGACUUCGAGACCGACGGCCGGAACGUGACCAUCAACGGCCGGCACAUGGACCGCGGCUACCGGCCCAACGUCGACCUGGCCAUCAGGUUGCGCAACGCCAAGGGCGCCGCGUGCGCCGUCAUCGACACGCAGCGACGGCAGAUCGUGUGCGUGCGGCCACAGCCGCCGGCGGCGGACGUCGACGACCUGCGCGAGCUCUACGUGACCGUCGGCCGCGAGUUCGUCCGCACCGUGAAGAGGAAGAAGGAGAAAGCCGCCGACGACGACGACGGCCGUCCCGCGUCCGGCCAUUCGAUGGGCGCGUUCGGCGCGUUCAUGCUGUUGGCCGGCAUCUUCACCGGCGUGUGCUUCAUGUCGUUGCUGGUUGGCAUGGUCUACGCGGUGUGGUACAAGCAAUGCGAUAUCCGCAGAUACUUGUAG